AUGUGCGCGCGCCAUGUUCGAGGCGGCAGCAGGUGGCGCGCGCGCGCUCUCGCGCGUUCCCGUGGCGCGCUCCCCGGCGCCCCCUGUCGGUGAGACCGUGUCAGUAGGAGGAAGCGCCGCUGUUUUCUGUUUUGUCAGAGUUGAAAAUCCGCCGAGGCGCCAUUUUCCCCCUCCGUCUCUCUCCCUCUGACACAACAACAAUAUACAUAAAAAAAAGCCCCAGCAGCUCCAGCACACACCGCCAGCGCGCUCACCGAGCACGAAAAACCGCCGAAUCACACCGGAACCGCGCCGUGAGCAGGCUCAGGGAGGCGGAACAGCGUUGCAGUGCGGGGAUUAAAGCCCGGAUCCGGAUCGUGUGGGCUUUUUUUUUUCUUUCUUUAUUCCUCUUCCGUGCCUUUGUGUGAUUUCGGCUCCUUCGCCCAUUUCGUGAAUCCCGAACGGGAGCGGAUUUACCCGGACGAGCGGGACUACGAUCGGCUUGGAAACAGUAUUUUUAUUUCACCCUUUUCCUCCACAUUAUCACCGAGAGGAAUACCUCCAGCAAUCCUUCACCUUUUCACCAGGAGAACGCGGUUAUUAUUAAUAAUCUCUCUUUAAAAACACACUCAAACUGGAGCGUAAUUAGCGAAAUCCCCCCCCCCCUCCUUCUCGGAAUCACGUGCAGGUCGUCCUGUGGCGUGACGGUAGGUGGGUGGUGUGGCUUUGGCCUCGGCCCCCUCGCGCCGCUGAAUGGCUGCGAUGGCGCCCGCGCUGACCGACACGCCAGCCGACACUCACCGAAUCCGCCUCAAACUGGCUCCGUCCUCCUCUGCCAUCAACCCGACUGCCGUGGAGGAAAACGGCGCCACCGGCCGCGUCCUCGUCCCCACGAACGGCGCCGUCAAACGCAAAACCUCUUCCGACAAAGAGGAUCAUCUGUCCUGCUCGGCCGGGACCUUCAACAAGGAGGAAUCGGGUCGCGAUCUGGGCAAAAUCCAGCAGCUGGUGACCUCAUACCGCUGCUCGGAUGAGACCCUGAAACUUCAGAACGUCUUCGACAUCUUGCCCGGCUUCCUGCAGCGCAAACACCACACCCUGGAGCUGUCGGAGGAGCAGCUGAAGAGCAUCAUGAGCGCGGGAAACGCGAGCGGUCUGCCUCCGCUGCCGCAGAGCGGCAACGUUAACGGCGUGGCUCGGAAAAUUACUAAAGCGACCAGAGACUCCAGCAGCGUCACCAUGAACGGGGGCAAGUACGGACAGACAGCGCUCCCCUUUUCUCAUGGGGGGUUAAUGGGAAAUGGCCUCGUUCGAGAUGCCGCAGAGCAUCACCAGUGCCCCAGGGGUGUCUCUCGGGACCGUUUGAACAACCGCGAUAUCUUAGAAUCCCCCUCGUCCUUUCACUUGCCUUCACAGAAUGUUUCGAACAGGUUGACGCCGCUGAGCGCAGAGGUUUCUUUGCCUCCGUUUCACUCGUCCAACAGCCUGGGAGGAGACCUGCACAGCCGCUCGCAGCAGGUCGAGAGCCGUCAUCUAGAGAUCGAAGGUCGGCUGCGGCGCCUGCGCAAGCGACUGCAGGUGGUGCAGGCGAAACAGGUGGAACGUCACGUGCAGCAGCAGCUUGGUGGAUUACUCGACAGUACGCUGGGGUCUCGGGACGCCCGGGUCCAUCAGGAGAGAGCUGAAGCGAGCCGCUUCCUGAGGGACGAAUCUGCACCGGGAGAACUGGAGCGACUCGCGCUAAACUGCUGCACCAACCUGCGAGCAGCGGAAAGUGCCUUCGAUUCGGACGUGACCGAGAGCAGCUCCGGAGGUGAGACCGACAUCGAAGAGGACGAGCUGGCCCGGCCGGACGUGGAGCAGCGGCACAUUUCCUUGUGGAGGAGAGCUGAGGGCCGUUAUGCAGUUGAACGCUCCUCCAUCAUCAGUCACUGGAACUGGCUGCAGGCUCACGUCUCUGACUUGGAGUACCGCAUCCGCCAACACACUGACAUCUACCGUCACAUCCGCACCAGCAAGGGUGGCGUGGUGCUGGGUGAGAGCUCAGUUUGUGAGACAGCAGCAGAGAACAGCAGCGGCGGCGUGUCGAGGACGGAGAGUCUCACCUGUCCUCAGCUACCCGAUGCUGAGGGGACGAACGGCUCCUUGUCCACGCUCAGUGUCUCCAUGGAGACGAGUUUGAGGAAAGGUUUUCCGCCCGUCCGACACGUGAACGGCGUCAUAAACAGUCUGCGUUGCGGUUCUCCAGCCGUGUCUGAGGCGGAGCAGCAGAGGCUGAGUGCAGACUCGAGUUGUGUAGCAGCACGAACUCGACCUUUAAUCUCCUGCAGAAAGAGACGCCUGAUCCGACCCUGCACACUGACUCUCCUCAACACCAAGGUGCAGACGGCCCGAUGGCAUGGCUGUGAUAUCAGCAGUCAGUGUGUGAUGUGCUGUAGUCGUCCUGCUGCACCGUCACACACUCUGUUUCAGCGCCCCCUGCUGGAGAGACUGGCUCAGUUCGACCCCUGUGUCCACCCUAUACUGUCCUUCACCGACGAUGUUGGAAUGGGUCUGCAUUUGCAGCGUGCGAUGAAAUGUCACUGGCAGGGCCGGCCGCUGGACAAGAUCAAACCCAUCAAGAAGCUCUCACUCAAACAUCCAAAGUUCUCUCCAAGCGGCCGCCUUAUCGAUCCUUCAUCAUCAUCCUCAACUUCCUGCUCCAAAGACAAGCUCAAGCUGGCCAGCUCGUACUUCUCCACAGUUCGUUUGUCUCAUCACAGGGUGAGACCAGAGAAGCUGUAUCGACACCAGCAGAGUGACAACGAGUCUCGUCAGCUGUACAGAGCAGAGCGCAGUCGCAAGAGACCCCGGGAACACUCACUGGAGCGGGACAAUGUCAGUAAGGUGUAUAUGGAGGUGACCAGUCCCAGUUCUGCUCUGACCACGCCCACUCUUAGCCCUGUAGUGAGACAACUGUCAUCCUCGGAGAUCCCAACACCCUGCAGUUUCACCACCACACCGCAGCAGGCGCAGCGUAAGAGGAGAGUGGAGAGCUCGUUUGACAUCAACAACAUCGUCAUCCCCAUGUCUGUGGCCGCCACCACCCGAGUGGAGAAACUGCAGUACAAAGAGAUCCUCACACCCAGUUGGAGGGAGGUGAACAUCAUGGCCAGUCACAUUUCUGAGGAGGACGAUGCAGUGGAGAUUGAGGAUCUAUCAGAUGCUGCUUCUCAGCUUCAUCUCCCAUAUGAGGAUCAGGAACGUUCUCGGUGGAGUUGGACAUCCAGUUCUGUUGCCAAAAGGAGGGGCAGCCGGUCGUAUAAGUCCGUGGACGGCCGCAGCACUCCCCUGCUGGGUGGAACAAAUCCCUCCACACCUCAGCCUUCAUCUCCUGACCUGUCUCACUUCCCCCUGCUACAGGAUUACAGCUCAGCUCCAUCACCCUCACCCUCACCCUCCAGCCCCGCCAGCCCCGAGCUGCUCACACUCACACACACACACUCACACACACACACACCCGCCUCCAGAGACUCACACCGGCUCCUGUCCAAUGAGGACACGCGCUGCUCCACGCCCGACACCAGCUACGACGAGACGCCCGUGCAGCCCUGGGAAUGCCGAAGUUUCCCCCUUGACGCAGAUCCGGCGCAGGACCCUGAGCAGCAGGCGAGCGCGGGCUGUGAUCGCACGUGUCGAACCAUCAGACGAAUCUCCAGCUGCAGGAGCGGCUCCAGGUCCGAGUGUGAGGGUGAACCUCCGUCACCGCUGCCUGAGGACACGGGACGCCACAGGAGCAACUCACACAGACACACACACUGCUGAAACAUUCUGUACAGACUCGUCUCUCACACACACACACACACACACACACACACACACACACUCACACCCCUGUCCAGCUCCAGCGACAUACAGAGCAGAUGAAACCUCCUGCUGUUUGAUAUUCAAACAUCACUUUAAUUCUUUCACGG